AUGCCUGACUCUGAGAGGAAACGAAAGUUAUCCGCAAGGUCGAUCAUGUCGGUGGCAGACGACCAGCAGCGGGAGAAGAAACGGCUGCAAAAUCGCAUCUCUCAACAGUGUUUCCGGGAGAAACAGGCAACUUAUAUCCGACAUCUGGAGCAAUUUGUCGACAGUAUCGAAAAGGCUGAUGGGUUUUCGACUACCAAUGCCGCCGAGAAUUUGCGGCUCAUACGCGAAAACCAUGCGCUCCGGGAAUCCCUCAAUCAGAUGAGAAAGAAGUUGCUGAGCUUCAGCGCUCAGGCAGCAUCUAUGGCAAUGAUACACGAUGAUAUCAUAAAUCGAGAAACCGUCAACCAGGAGAGCAACAGCUCAUCCUCAGGCGUCGAGUGUCCGCGCUUGAAACCUGCCGACUCUGAGGCGACCGAGAAUGGGGAUUCAGUAGACGAAGUGCCGGCGCCAUUAUCAUUGGAUACACGGAGUCACGUUGCCUUUGCGGAGUUAACGACUGGAGCCGAUACGAAGAAGACGGACCCCCCGCCAGUUGACCAAACGACCCCUGUUGCAAUCACCAUUGCUCAACAUACAACAGAAUAUCAUGCGAAGAACUUCUGUCACGACAAACCCUCUGAUAAUUCACAUGAUAAUCAUGCAGUUGACACAGACAUCUCGACCUUCUUUGCCGGAGACUGUGUUAAGUUCAGUCCGUCGAGGGGCCUCAUCAUAUGCAAACCGCCCAAUGCCUCAACAAAGAGCCCCUUAUUGUUGCUGGAAGCGAUGAUACAGAAGGCGAUCCAACAGUUCAACGUCUUUUCGUUACAUGAUGCCGUUUUGAUUCGGCCCUUCGUGAGCGACUUAUCAGAAGCCGAAGUACAGCAGAUCAACAAUCAGACUUUAUCGCAGAUUGUCCAUCUCGCCGCAGAUGCUCUAAUACAAGGGAGUCGAAUGGGAGGAUACUCGCACGUCAUAUGUCCGACGCCAGUAUUGGAAAAAGUUCUUCUCUGGCGGUGUAACCCAACAAGCGAGAAUCGCAACCGUAUCGAACUGCCCUUCCGACCAACUGUCCUACAACAGCGAUUCCCCGAUCAUCAUCCGGCCAUUGACUUGCUGUACUGGGGUGAAUUGCGGGAUCAACUGAUUUUAUGCCAGGAGGAGAUCGAGAUCAGCACCGUAGUCUAUCGGUGGCAGCUGUCAUCGGUCAUUGAAUUUCCAGAGCAAGGCGCCUCCUUGUCCGUGCUUGAGCUCUUUAUAUAUCUCGCCAAUCCGACCCAAUUUACUCUCAAGAGUGGGGUCAAUGAAGACGGAAUUUCUAUUCCCCUCGCCGAUGUGACGGUACGCGAUGUGACCGACGAACUCGAGAAGUUGAUCACCACAUACCGACUGGACCAAUUCGGGGAACGGAAACUUCCCCCAUGGAUAGGGGAGGAUUAUCCAUUUAUUGACAUGACUAAUAUCAGUAUCGGGCAGUUCUUUUCAUUUUCAGACAAAACAUGA